UCGGGAAAAGUCGGGCUCGGGCGGAAGUCACUCUGAGGCGUCGGCAGGGGAAGCCAGGGAACGCCAGCCGGGAGUUGGAGCGUCCGGGGCUUGUGAGAGCCACACGGCCCUAGCAGGUGGAAUUGGGCUAUUUGAUGAAGCUUCUUUCCCUGGUAGGCCAGGGAAAAAUUUACAUUUUGACUUUCUUUUAAUCAUGGCUUUGUUUCAUAAAUUGCUGAAUGGCACUUAUAUUCUCAGAAAAUGCCCGAAGCCACGUGUGGCCUCUUGUCCAUUUUUGGGUACUCACUUUGCAGAUUAUUGUUCCAGCAGUCUUGAGAAACCAGUGGCUGCUCCUGGCAAAGCCUCUUCUCAGAGGAAGACUGAAGGGAAUUUGGAAGGACAUCACCAGAGAGAAGUUGCUCUGGAUAUAACUUCUCCUGAGGACACGCCUGAAGUUAGUUUUGAUAAAGCAAUUAAAGAAGAAAUAAAGGACCAUUUUAGGCGUUUGAAGGAUGAUAUUGUGAAUCAUUGGAUAGGGCCUGAAGGCCGCCCUCUGCAUGAGGUCUUGAUGGAACAAGCCAAGGUUGUCUGGCAGUUCCGUGGCAAAGAAGAUUUGGAUAAGUGGUUAGUGACUUCUGAUAAGACGAUUGGUGGCAGAAGUGAAGUGUUCCUGAAAAUGGGCAAGAGUAACCAAAGUGCACUGCUGUAUGGAACUCUGAGCUCUGAGGCACCCCAGGACGGGGAGAGUGACCGAAGUGGAUACUGUGCAAUGAUAUCCAAGAUUCCAAGGGGCCCUUUUGAGAGGAAGAGGUUUUAUGAUUGGUCCCAGUUCAACACUCUGUAUCUUCGUGUCCGUGGAGAUGGUCGGCCUUGGAUGGUGAAUAUCAGGGAGGACACGGAUAUAAUCCAGAGGAAAGAUCAGAUGUACAGUUACUUCAUGUUCACCCGUGGGGGGCCCUACUGGCAGGAGGUCAAGAUUCCUUUCUCCAAAUUUUUCUUCUCUAAUCGAGGAAGAAUCCGGGAUGCCCAGUACCAGCUUCUGCUUGACAAGAUCUCUUCUAUCGGAUUCACCCUGGCUGAUAAAGUGGAUGGUCCAUUCUUCCUAGAAAUAGAUUUUAUUGGAGUAUUUACUGAUCCAGCCCACACAGAAGAAUUUGCCUAUGAAAAUUCUCCAGAGCUUAAUCCAAGACUUUUUAAAUAGAGAUCAUGUAGUAUUUCUAUAUUACUAAACUAAGGAUAGUAGAAUCCACAAUGACACAAAAAUAAAGUACUUCUUUAAUGGCAUCCAAACAAUGGCUGGUAUGUAUUCCCCAAAACAUAGCUAAAUGCUGCUGCUAAGAGAGACCAGGAUCUAAGCUGUACCUUAAUUUAAAGAAUCAAGUACUGAUGCAGAGGUACUAUGUAAAUAACUGUUUUUGGUUAGAAUGAUUCCUAUUAGCAACAGUUCCUAUAUAAGUAGGUGGUUUCCAAAGCAGGGAGUCUCUGAGGUGACUGUUUAUGGCCCUCUACCAUUCUAUUCCUUAUAGGUUUCUUCUGUCUUCUAAUCUAUCAGGAUAGGAGACUGUUGAAGAAUAUUAAGGUGCUGUAGUAGUCACUGGGAAAAGAUACCUGUUUUAGUCUGCCCAAGCUGCUAUAACAAAUUACUAUAUACUAGGUGGCUUAAACAAAACACAUGUUAUUUCUCACAGUUCCGGAGGCUGGGAAGUCCAGGAUACCUGGUGUCUGGUGAGUGCUUCUCGGCUUGUAGACAGCUGCCUUCUUACUGUAUCCUCACAUGGAGAGAACAAGUUCUAGUCUCUUUCUCUUCAUAUAAUAGCACUAACCCCAUCAUGAGGGUGCCACCUGCCUGACCUAAUAACCUCCCAAAGGCCUCCAAGUAUACCUCAAAGUACCAAGUCACAUUUGGAAUUAGGAUUUCAGUAUAUGAACUGGGCUGGGGGGGCACGGACACAAGCAUGCAGUCCAUAACACCUGCAUAGCUGGUUCUCCAAAGAUGCAUGAUCCUUACCAGUUCUUACUUUAUAGACUAAUGUCCCCAAGGCUUCCCCAGUCGUUUUUGAUAUUAGAGAUUGCAUAUACCAAAAAUAAGACCCUGAUUAACACAGUUUAAACUGAUCAAUUCUUGUCAUCUUAGAGAAAGAAGUAGGAAACUCUAUGAUAUAGCCAGAGUACCCUACGAGAGCCAAGUUUAAAAUAAGAGAAUACACAAAGGCUGAUAGCUUUCCCAUCAUCUUGGCCUAAAAUACCUAUUUUGUAUGUUUUCAUGUAAUUAUCUGUUUUUCAGCUUUAUUCAGGUAUAAUUUACAUAACAUAAAGUUCAUGUUUUAAGUAUACAAUUCAGUGAUUUUUUAGUUUACUUACAGAAUUGUUCAGUCUUUUUUUUUUUUUUGGCCAUGCCUCAUGGCUUGCUGGAUCUUAGUUCCCCGACCGGGGAUUGAACCCAGGGCCACGGCAGUGAAAGCACCAAAUCUUAACCACUGGACUGCCAGGGAAGGCCCAGAAUUCUGCAGUCUGUCUUUACAUAAACUAAUUCUAGGAAAUUUGUCAGCCUAGAAAGAAACCUCAGUGCCUCUUUGCAGUUACUCUUCAUUCCCACUCUCAGCCCCACAAUUACUAAUCUAC